AUGAAUAACUUAAAGUCUUUGGGUAUUGUGAAGAAAUAAAAGGAUGACAGCUAUCGAUGUAACUACUGCUAAUUUGAAUGUGAUAGCUAGCUCAAAAUGAUUCAUCACAAUUCGUCCUGUUUUUUUAGUGAAUAUGACAAAAUGAAGAAAAGGACAGGGUUCAGUAGAAGUUAACUAAAGGAACAAGAUAAAAAAUAGAAAAGAGCAAUAAGAAAUAUCCUGAAUUCAAAAAUCCAACAAAAUAGUUUAGAUGCGUAAACUUAGAAUAAAACUGAAAAUGGGUCAAAAGAAGAAGAAUAAUCAAAAUCAAAUAAAUUAUAAAAUGAGAUUCAACAUAAUCCUGAGUUUGUAUCAGACGAUAAAAAUGAGUUAGUUGAUUCAAGUAAUUAUUAAUAAUAAUUAUUAGCUUAGGAUGAUUAAUUUAUAAUUAAAGGAGAGGAGAACAACAUCAUUCUAAGUAUGCUGGCUCUUUAAAACAGAUCUGAAUUAAGGCUAAAAUGGGACUGGCCAUAACAUGAAAGAUUUACAAAAUAAUUAGGAAUGCAAAGUCUAAAAGAAACAGAAAUUACUUCUGAAUUUAAAUCUACCCUAGAGUAUAACGCUUUAGAGGGUUCUGAAGAAAUUUGUGAGCUUACUUCUAAUAAAUAAUGCCACCCACUCAAAUAGAAUGAUAUUUUACUUUCAAGUCAUCAGGAGGUAUGUUAAAAAGAUUCUAAUUUAAUAUCGAUUGAUUUAAGAAAAAAUGAAGAGCAAAUGUAGAAUCCAAUCCAAGAUUUAGGGAUGUCAGUCGUACAAAAUGAUGAUAAUAUUUAAGCUUAAGAAUCAUCACCUCAUAACUUAUAAAAAUAAGAAUUAAAAUAGGAAUUAAUGGCUGAAUCUAUAAAGGAGAAAUCUGUUCUAAUCAAAAAUUAGGAUCUAAAUAAUUAAAAAAAUUACUCUUUAGAGAAUUAAGACAUAAAAUCUGAGAUCAUAAUUAAAGGACCUUCUAAAUAAGAAAGCAACAUAGAAAGUGAUGAUGAAGAUAUUAACUUCCUUGAUCCAACUAGGGCAAAUAAUCAAUUUAAUCUUAUUUUAUAACAAGCCCAUUUUGAAUUAAUACAUAGAAAUCAAUUAAAGGAAGUUCAUAAAGUCCUAAGAGAUUAUUAUGAUCAAGUAUUAAAUAAUAUAUUUAUAAGGUGCGUCUUGAUGUAUUUGAUAUAGAAAAAGUUUGGGGGUUAGUAUAAAGUCAACACUCUCAAGCCAUUUUAAAUUAUAGAUAAUUAUUGAAAUGUUUGUUAGACCUACAUGACUAAGAAAAGAUCCAAUUAGAUGAACAUAAAUAAAUUCUGUAUCUAAUUUGA